AUGAGCACCCAACCGACACGCAAUGCUCUCCUUGGCCUAUAUGGCGCGACACUACGCGCAGCCAGGUCAUUCAAAUCCUACAACUUUCGCAAUUACUUCCUGCAACGAACGAGAGACAACUUCCGCAGUUUACUGGCUGAGACUGACUCCGACAAGGUGUCCCGCGCAUACGAGCAGGCCGUCGGAGAGCUUGCAAUGCUAAAGCGGAGCGCAAUCGUCAACCAGCUCUACGCUGGUCCGCCUCUACCCGUAGAGGUACACGGCGCUGAGAAGGGCGGCGUUUGA